CUCUCACUCGGUUGAGACAUUGUUGGAGUUCCUCAUAGGAGCCGCAAAACAGCGCCGAGAUGACGGACUCCAAACCGCCCGACUCACCUUCCACCCCGGAACUGGCUGUAGCCGAGGAGCCCCCGGCGGGAAACGGCCAAUGCGAGCAGAAGGAGUCCAUUGAAAAACAAGGAGAUCAGCAGGCCAGCAGCGGCUGUCAGGGAGAACUGUUCAAGAUGGACCAGGAGAUGAGGAUUACGGAGAGCAUAGAGGACGGAGGUCUUCUGGAGAGCAGCAUGCGCCUGAAACCACACGAAGCGCAAAGCUACCGCAAAAAGGCACUGUGGGUGUCCUGGGCGUCCAUCGGGGCGACGAUCAUCCUGGCCAUCGCUGCCUUCACCGUCUCCAUCAUGCGGCACAGCGCCUCUGCUUUUGGAUUUGCGUUUGAUGCGGUGCUGGAUGUCCUGUCCUCUGUCAUCGUGUUGUGGCGCUACAGUAAUGCGGCCGCCGUCCACUCAGCUCAUCGGGAAUAUAUAGCCUGCGUUAUCCUGGGCGUGAUUUUCAUCUUAUCAUCCAUGUGCAUUCUGGGUAAGGCCAUCCAUGACCUGGCCACCAAGCUGCUGCCUGAAGUGGAUGACUUCCUGUUCAGCGUCUCCAUCGUCAGCGGCGUGGUCUGCAUCAUCUUGUGCGUGAUCAAGUUCAUGCUGGGCAAGGUGCUCACGAGUCGGGCCCUCAUCACGGACGGGUUCAACUCCCUGGUGGGGGGCGUCAUGGGCUUCUCCAUCCUUAUCAGUGCGGAGGUGUUUAAGCACGAGCCGAAGGUGUGGUACCUGGAUGGGACAAUAGGUGUCCUCAUUGGUCUCAUCAUCUUUGCCUAUGGAGUCAAGCUGCUGCUGGACAUGAUCCCACGAGUGAGACAAACCAGGAACUACGAGCGCUUUGAGUAACUCUCAGCAGUCUGACGGCUCACAGUGGAGAAGAUGCGGAUGAGGUGGAAGGGAGUGAAGGC